AUGGACACGCUAACAGAUGACUUGGCAGUAGUGAAGGUUGCAGAGUUUCAGUCUGUAGGAUCUACAGGCUACCCGCUGCAUGACGUGGAUGAGGACGAUUUAGAGGACUUUGACACGUCAGUGUCGUCAAGCGACUCGGCCGAGUCGUCUCCCCGGCCUUCCUGGAAAAUUGCAGCAGCUAUGGAUCCACAUCAGCUUGACUGGGUACACCUCGCGAGCCGCUUAAAGUCGUCUGCUCUUGGCGUGCGCCACCAGAAUAACACCUCAGAAGGUUGUUUCCAGACGAUCGCGGGCUCCUCGCUGGAGGACGAGGAGCGCGUCGCUGACGGGUGCUCGGGCGACAAAAGUAUAGAGCGGUCCGAGGAUUGGAGCGACGGUUCGAUUGCCACAGGAGGAGGCGAUUACGAGCGGGAUGAUUCUUCUAGUGGACGGGAGAGUGAGAGGUUUCAGGAACGGUGCGAGGCGGUGACGGCGAACGUGCGGGAAGUGGUUACACGCGAGCAGGCGGGGAAGGAUUGGCGGUCGGAGCAAUCGUGGGACGCGAGUAGCGUGGGGUUGUGGGACGAGCGCGGCGACGGCGAGUCGGACGCGGCGGAGUCGGUACGGAGCAUCUUCAGCUGGCCGGUCGUUUCGAGCUCCGAAAGCGAGGCGGAAGGCACGGAGAUGGUCGACAUGGCGCGGGCGGUGCGGGUGGCGGAGAUGGUGGGGAAGGCGGAGACGGCGGAAACGGCGGAGUCGGCGGAGACUUCAGAGACGACGGAGAUUCUGGAGACGGCGGAGAUUCCGGAGACGGCGGAGAUGACGGAGACGGCAGAGGCGGCGGAGAUGGCGGGGACGGUGGGGAUUGUCAAGAUUGACAGCGAGUUACAAGUGCGUGUAGUUAAGGGGCUUAGGCGGGAGGAGGAGCGGUGCGGACUGGAGCUGCUAGGCGCCGUGGUUGCGAGGAGUAAUUUAGAGCCGUUUCGAAAUAAACUGUUAGGUGGCGUAGUAGCGAGGAGGAGUAAGAGGCGGAAGAGGCGCGCAGCGGUGAGUGCGGCGCGCAUAGCGGGAAUUGAAGACGACAGUAGCGAGUCCGAAGCGGAGGGGAUUGAAGGGCGGGAGAUGCAAGUGUUCCGCGUAGCGGUUGUACCGCCGGAAGAUGAGGGCGCGCACGGCGGAAUUAAGGGGGCAGUGAGUCGGGGCGGGGCUUGCUCGAAUCAGACCAAUAGGCUUCGGGACGGAGUUAGCGAAACGGUUGGGAUGCUGGGUGGAAGCGUGGAGGAGGAACCGGCGAUGUGCCUUGCGCGAGCGGCAGCAGGUAUCGCGGCGCUGGGAGGCGAGAAAGCGGGUUUGGCGGAAGAGUGUCUUCCCGCUGACGCUGCCAGCAGCCCCUGUCGCGUCGCGGCUAGAGAUCCUCCUCCUCCCACGGGUUCGCGCUGCGACGGUGGGCCCGAUAUAAGCACGAGCCGGGCAGUGCUGCCGCGCGGGGAAGGGGACAGCGGGCCAGCGCGCAAAGAGGCUGGCGCACGCGAGUCCGCGGUGCGCGGAGCUCUGAGAGGGGCUUUCGAGGCGGUGCUGCCGGGCAUGCGCGCGGUCACCUCCGCCCUCCAAUCCGCCGUGUCCACGGUCGGGGAGAUCUGCUACCACGAGCUUCAAAGCGCGUCCGCCGCGCCGCCGGACCGCGCGCAGCUGCUCGCCGCGCUGGCGCGGGCGCAGGGGCUGGCGGAGGGGCAGCAGUGUCUGGCGCCGUGGGACCCGGACGCGGUGGUCGCGGUGCCCCUCGGGACUGCCGCGCAGGUAAAAUCCGCGCUGCAGGCCUCGCGGGAGCUGCUGCGCGCGGAAGAGCUCGCGCUUCCGGGGGAGAAGGGGGAGACGGGGAAAGACGCGGAGGCGGAAAUGCAGGCGGAUGGAGAAGACGCUUGUCGAGGGGAGGACGGGCAGGAGGGAAUGGGGGAAGUGAGCGGGGGCGGCGGAAGCGGAGUAAGCGAGGAAAGCGGGGGAAGCGGGGGGAGCGGAGGAAGCGGGGGAACCGGGGGAGGUGGCGGAAGCGGGGGAAGCGGCGCGCUGCCCAUGGUGCUGGUGCGCACGCUGCAAGCCCUGGACGUGUUCGAGGACGUGCCCCUGCGGGACGAUGAGGAGGGUGCGGGGGGCGGAGGCGGGGGCGCGCGGGUGUUCGUCCCCAUGCGCCAGCUGGCGGCGGGGCUGGCGACCGUGGGGGGAAACCUAGGCGGAAGCAUGGGGGGGAAUCUGGGGGCCAUGGGGAGAGUGGGGAGCGGAAAUGGCCGGGGGAGCGUGAGGGGGAGUGAUGGGGAGGGGGAGGGGCAGGAUGGGGUGGUGGGGGCGGGGCAUGGGCGUGGGGAAGCAGCAAAUGGGUAUGAGGCGAUGGGGUAUGGGGGGGGUGCGUUUUUGGAUGACUUGAGGUAUGCUGGUGGGGGAGUUUAUGGCGAUGGAGAGUGCAUGGGUGGUGAGAUAAUUGAAGGUACAGGCCGCUUUGAUGCUGUGGGGUGCGUAGAAGAGUGUGGGUGCAUGGAGGAGUGUGGAUACGUGGAGGAGAGCGAAGCAAGUGGGCAGGAGGAUACAGGCUAUGGGGAAAAUGACUCGGUCGGUGGCGAGCGCGUUGGGAGGAUCAGGAGGAGCAGGGAGAGAAGCGGGCGGCUGAGGGGGGAUGGAAUGACGAUGGUAGAGAAUGACAGGGCGAUGGAGGGGGAAGAGGAGGAGGAGGACGGUGAGGGGACGCAGGUGGGGAAGCAUGGGGGUGGUGAGGGUGAGGAUGAGGGAGAGGAGGAUGAGCUGUGGAAGCUGCGUGCCUCCCUGCACCGGGCGUCACAGCGAGCGCUGCUCUCCCCACACGCCAUGCUGUGCCCCCGCCACCACACUCGCAUGCUCUCUGCUCCGCACUUGCACUCCUCCCCCCACUUGCAUCCUUCCCCCCACUUACACCCCUCCCUUCCUCGUAUCGAUCCCUCUUCCGAUGCUGCCCUCUUCCGCUCACACACGGACUGGCCGCGCUACCGCACCCCCUCCGCCCUCUCCGCGCCUUCCCCCACCCGCGAGGGGGGAGAGAGUGCUGCUGCCACGGCCGCCGCCGCAGCGGCUGCGUGGUGGCGGGAGGAGUGGGAGGGGAGUGGGAGGCGGGAGGGAGUGGACAGGGGCGAGUGUGAGGGGAGUGGAGGGCGGGAGGUGGAGGGGAGGGGCGCGUGGGAAGGGAGUGGAGGGCAGGAGGUAGGGGGUAGGGGCGAGUGGGAGGGGAGUGGGACGGGGGAGGCAGGGGGAAGCGGCGAGUGGGAGGGGUGGGAGAGGAGUGCGAGCUUUCCUCUUUCGGGCUGGGACCGGGGCCAGUGGAGGGAUGAUUCGUGGGGGCAGAAUGUUAUUGGCACUCAUGUGAGUGUUGAGAGGGGAAGAGCAGUGGUGUGCAGUGGUGGUGGUGCGGCGGGCGAGGGGGAUUGCAGAGUGCUGGGAAAGGGCCAGUUGAGCAAUGGUGAUGGUAGUGAGAUGGGGGGGGUGCUGGGGCGUGGGGGUGCAGUGCGGAAGCAGAUGGGUAAGACGAGACGGAGAACGGUGGAGAAGAGUGCAGAGCGGCGAGUAAAGGAGGAAGUGUUAGGGAGGGAAAUGAAGGAGAGGAGGCAGGGAGUGGAAGCGCGGAAGGAAGGAGAAGAUAUAGAAGUGGUUGAUCCGAGUGUGGCGGAGGCAGGGAGGGUGCAGAGGGUGCACAGGAGAAAGGGGAAGAAGGUAUUGAAAGGGGCGGAGAAGGGAGAUGGGAGCAAGGAAGGUGCUUCUUUGGAGAAGCAGAAGAAGAGUGUGAGAAAGGCUGGUUCCACAGGCAGUGGAGAGGUGGAGGUGGGGAUGGGGGUGGGGAUGGAAGGGGACCCAGUGGUCCAGAUACCUGUGAAGGGCAAGGUGAGGCGAAGGGGGCAGGAGGGUGUGGGCGGAUGUAGCAGUGUGGCAGGUGCGGGCGGGGAGGUGGGGGUGGGGAUGGAAGGGUGUGGACCAGGGGUCAAGGUACCUGUGAGGGCUAAGGCGAGGAGAAAAAAGGGAGAAGGUGGGAGCAGAUGUAACAGUGUAGCAAGUUCAAUGGCUGUGGGGGGAGGGCUGGUGCCGGGUAGGCAUGGGAAGGGGAGUGGGCAGGGGAAGGUGAGUGGGAAGGGGAGUGAGCAGGAGAAGGGGAGUGCACAGGGGAACGAGAAUGCAGAGGGGAGGAAGGGGAGGGGGCAGUGGGGGGAGGGGAUGGGACAUGGGGGUGUGGAGAGCGGUGCAGUCAAGAAGGGGUCAGAGAGGGUGGUCGAUGGGAAGGUGGUGGCAGCAACGGGUGCUCCAGACAAGACAAGUGGGGCUGGUGGUAGCAGUGGUGGGGGUAAUGGAGGUGGGCAAAAAAAGGGCCGUACUCGAGGGGAGUGGGCAGGGGAAGAUGAAACACGAGGCCAGCAGCCGAAUCAGCUUGUUAUUCCACCAUCUUCCCUCGCCUCCACCCCUGUCUCACUCCCUGACGCCUCUCCUUCUGUCUCAGUGCUCCGCUCUUUCUUUGAGUCGGCUCAAAACCCCGCCCUCUUUCGCCCCACCUCCACCUCCCUCUCACUCCCCAAGGCCUCUCCCUCCGUCUCGGUACCCAGCUGUGCCACUUCGGCUGCUGGGAUGGCUGCGGCCCCUUGGGAACCCAAGCCUGCUGCUCUUUGCUUCACCCCUUCACCAGCUAACCCCCCACUCUUUCUCCCCACCUCCACCUCUCUCCCCAAGGCACCUCCCUCCGUUUCGGUACCCAGCUCUGCCACUUGUGCCGCGGGGAUGGCUGCUGCCCCUCAGCAAUUCAAGCCUGCUGCUCCCUGCAUCACCGCUGCACCAUGUGCUUCAUUCCCCAAAGCAUCUCCCUCCUUGUCGGUACUCAGCUCUGCCACUUCUGCCGCGGGAAUGACUGCUGCCUCUCGGCAAUCCAAGCCUGCUGCUCCCUGCGUCACCCCUGCACCAGCUGCCCUCCAUGCAGUGACCCGGUGUGAGGUGGAGUGGGGUGUGAGUGUGGGUGCUGUGGGGUUGGAGGAGGGUGACGUUGCUUCUGGCUCGUCGUGGCAGAUGGGGCCGGAAUGGGGUGAUGGCACUCCUGCUGGACCAUGCACGCGAAUGGAGGUGGCGGCCUUUUCUCUCGCCCUGCCGGAAUACAACGACGCCCCGCAGCUCUCCUUCAUCACGCACGGAUGCGCCUUCAUGGGCCUGCUCUCGCCCAUGGGCGUCCCCGCCCCGAUCAGAUAUGUGCAAGAAGGCGAUAUUGUGGCAAUCCCUCGUGGCUGGGCGAGCUGGGCGUGGAACAACGGGUCGGAGCCCCUCAGGGCGUUGCUGCUGUCCGACACGCGCUCUGCCGCGGAGGCGGGGGAGGUGCACGCAUUUACGCUCAUGGGCGGCCCGCAUGAGAUGCUUGGGGGCGUGCUGCACGGCUUCAGGUGGGCGGCACACUGCAUGACUUUGCCUGUGGUUGCUGCCGUGCUUGCACCUCUUGCUCCUCUCGUGCCAUCUCCUCCUUUCUCCCGUUCCCCUCCUCGCUCCCUCACCCCCCCUCUCUUUCUUCCCUCUCCUUCCCUUCUCUCUCCGACCCUCACCUCUCUCUCUCCCCCUUCCAGUGCGGAUCUGCUAGCGAGGGCGUGGGAUGUGGAGGAGGAGGAGGCGAAGCGGCUGGUGGCGGGGCAGAAGCACGUGGGGUUCAUUGCCAUCGCACAACGCCCCGUGCAUGACAGCACAGCUGCAGGCGAUGCUGGAGAGAGCGAGGAGGAGCGUAUGCACAAUGCCCCCCGGCUGACAGCACAGCUGCAGGCGAUGCUGGAGGAGAGCGAUCAGACAUAUGGCGAGGAGGAGGAGAUUGUUGACAGCAUCAGCGUGAACGACUUGGAGGGCAGCAACGGCAUGAAGCACAUGCACAUGGGGGAUAUCUCGCCCUUCACGCGCUUCAAGUACAGCCUGGCGCACGCAAUGCCCGAUGUGUCGGUGCCCAAGGGAGGAGACAUAUUUGUGGUGGAUCGCAGCAAGCUGCCCGUGCUGCACCAUGUUGGACUCUCCGCCUUCCUCUACCACCUCCAGCCUAGCGCACUCCUCGCCCCCCACUGGUAUCCCAACGCCGCCAUCCUGCAUGUGGUGCUGGCGGGCAGUGGCCGCAUCGAGGUGGUGUAUCCUGAUGGCCGCACCGCUCUGCACCGAGACGUUCACACCGGGGAUGUCAUUGCUGUUCCCGCACUCUUCCCUUCGUCCAUGGAGGCGUCUGAGGAGGGAAUGAUGUGGAUUGCUAUCGCCAACCGUCCGCUCUCUCCGCCCUCCUUCCUCGCGGGAGCCACAUCGGUGUUCAAGGGUAUUCCAAAGCACGUGCUCAUGGCGGCAUUCAACGUGGAGAAAGAGCUCGAGGAUAAGUUCUACAAGGCCCGCCGCGACCCGUCCGAGACUGCGAUAUUUCCUCCCACUGAGAAGAGCACUGCCACUGCAUAG